UUUUUUUAUGCAUUAGCACUUUGGAGGCUACAAGAAGUCAGAUUCUGCUAGCUGUAGGUAAAUGUGAAAGAUUACAGGACUUGGGAUAGCAGCUUACCGUGGAACUUCUUCCUGAAGGAUGGCGAUAGAAGCAGAGAUGUCUCUUGGAUGAAAAUUUCUCAAACUAGAAGUGAAAAUCUAAACUGGAAUGAAUUCUGAGCCUCUUUGGGAGCACAAAAGCAGAAGAUUGCGCUUCAGGACAGAUGCUAGAUAUUUACAAGUGCCUGGGAAAGAAAACAAACAGCAAGGGCAGUAUGACUGCAAUGACUGUAUUUUUUCCUUUGGAUACAGCUAGACUUAGACUUCAGGUUGAUGAAAAACGGAAGUCCAAGACAACUCCAGCAGUUUUAUUGGAAAUCAUCAAAGAAGAAGGCCUGCUGGCACCAUAUCGAGGGUGGUUCCCUGUCAUCUCCAGCCUUUGCUGCUCCAAUUUUGUUUACUUUUAUACCUUUAAUAGUCUCAAAACUCUCUGGGUCAAAGGUCAGCAUUCAACCACUGGCAAAGACUUGGUUCUUGGGGUUGUUGCAGGUGUUGUGAAUGUACUCCUGACCACUCCUCUCUGGGUAGUGAACACACGGCUGAAGCUGCAAGGAGCAAAAUUUAGAAACGAAGACAUUGUGCCGACCAAUUAUAAAGGCAUCAUAGAUGCCUUCCAUCAGAUCAUACGGGAUGAAGGAGCCUCAGCUUUAUGGAACGGUACUUUCCCUUCCUUGCUGCUGGUCUUCAACCCUGCCAUACAGUUCAUGUUUUAUGAAGGCUUUAAAAGAAAGCUUUUAAAAAAGCAGACACAGCUCACGUCUUUGGAUGCUUUUGUCAUGGGUGCAGUAGCCAAAGCAGUUGCCACCACCCUCACUUAUCCUUUACAGACUGUGCAGUCAAUCCUGCGGUUUGGACGCCACAGAUUGAACCCAGAAAACCGAACACUGGGCAGUCUUAAAAAUGUUCUCUACCUUCUUCGAGAGAGAGUGAGACGUUUUGGAUUAAUGGGACUCUACAAAGGCCUUGAAGCAAAGCUCCUGCAGACAGUCCUUACUGCUGCUCUUAUGUUUCUAGUAUAUGAGAAACUGACUGCGGCAACCUUCAGAGUCAUGGGAUUAAAGCAUUCGCGCACACAUUGAGAAAGGAACCUAUGCCAAAGGUUAUGGGCUCUAGAAAAAUAUAUUCUGUUUUUGAGACUGCACUUGGGUAGUAACGGGUCCUCACUUGCUCUUCUUUAGCCAUCUCCAUUCCUUGGAGAAGUUCGGAAUGCAGUCUGUAGGAAGUGUUGCCACAACUUUGGGAAUAGCCCAUUCCCUGCUCUUCUGUGGACUCACUGUGUUAAGAAACAAAACAGAGACUUUAUUCAAACACUUGAAAUGAAAUUCCUACUGCUUUGUGAAUUGGCAGACAGUCACGGUGAGAAUGAUUCCCUCACUGUGCUGAACUUUCUGGUUUUCCUUUGAAUUACCCUCAACUACUCUCCCUGUCUUUACCUUCUGUCAACAGCCGGUGGGGCUGGUUUCAUGUUAUUCUCUUCACACUAUGUUUAUGUCACUCAAUGAUGUGGAUCAUUAAAACAGUUCAGAAAGAUCAA